CCCCCGGGUCCCUUCGGUCCCUCCCCGGCCCCCUGCAUCCCCCCGGCUCUUACCCGGGCCCUCCCUGCUCCCAGAGCCGCUGCGGGCGGCGCCAUCUCCGUGGCCCCGGCGCUCCGGAAGCGGCCCCACGGCGCCCCGCUCCCGGCCUGCCCCAGGAGUGUUAUGUAACAACUUUGGAUUUUCUUAUGAAAACUGAAAAUGGCUUCAAGAGGAACAACAGAGACCACUAAACUAAAACAGAACUUGGAAGAGCAGUUGGAUAGGUUAAUGCAGCAGCUUCAAGAUCUGGAGGAAUGCAGAGAGGAACUAGAUGCAGAUGAGUAUGAAGAAACAAAGAAAGAAACUCUAGAACAGCUGAGUGAGAUCAAUGACUCACUGAAGAAGAUUAUGUCUGGAGAUAUGACUUUGGUGGAUGAGCUCAGUGGCAUGCAACUGGCAAUACAAGCAGCCAUCAGCCAAGCAUUUAAAACUCCAGAAGUAAUUAGAAUGUUUGCAAAGAAACAACCAAGGCAAUUGAGGACAAGGUUGGCAGAGAUGGACAGAGACUUAAUGGUUGGAAAGUUGGGACGAGACCUAUACACACAACAGAAAGUUGAAAUCCUGACUGCCCUCAGAAAGCUUGGUGAGAAGCUGACACCUGAUGAGGAGACCUUCUUGUCAGCAAAUGCCGGUGCAGCCCUGAGCCAGUUUGAGAAAGUCUCCACUGACCUUGGAUCAGGAGACAAAGUUUUUGCUCUAGCAAGUUUUGAAGUAGAAAAGGCAAAACAAUGAAGAGGUGUGUGAGGCUUGAGUCUCUCCAGUUGUCAGUAGCAUUGGACUUCUGUCAUUGUUUUUUCUAUUUUUAAGAUGUUGCAAAAAAAAAAAAAAAAGGGGUGGGGGCAAAACCUAUCAACAAACCUUAAAUCUCCUGAGUUCUCAAACAGAAGACAUGAAGUAAACAACCUUAAAGUGCACUUGGUAACAUUGGUGUCUGUGUACCUCUCAGUAACAUAAGUUCUGAGGCUAAACACUAAAUGGUACUCAAAAAACAAAACCUUGUUAUGACUGUCUAUGAAAAGAAUCGGCUAUUUUCAACUUUUCUGAAUGUGUAUUUCUCUAACUAUUAAAAUACGGUUUUUUUUGCAUGUGGUUGUACCAAGCAGAUCUUUUUUCAGGAACAGUCCUAAUGAAUGAGUUAUGUUUUGGGUGAUUAUUAAGUUGCUCUCAAGUUGUCUUAAUUUCUGUUUGGGCUCCCUACUAAGUAUUUUAUACUAGGAGUGCAUUGCAUCUUUUAAAAACUGACAUAGCUUAUUUUAAGUACCAUCUUUCUACAAACUGUUUGCAGAAGAACCAAAAUGAGACUGUAUACUAAUCGUUGGCCCUUGUCUGCUUGUUUACUGUGUGCAUGAAUGAGUGUCAUUGUGUCCCAGCCUUGAUUGACAAACAAUGGAAGCCCUGUAGAGAGACUUCUGGAGAAAUUUAACCUUCUGUGUUGAAAUGACAGGGCAUUGCAAGGAAAUGGCAAUGAGAAGCCCUUUCUGUGACCUCUUAUUUGAGCUCUUGGUGUAUAACUGCAUGCUACCAUUAUUUCCCAGGAUUUCUGAGAUAGCAUAGAAUAACUUUAAAGUAGAAACAAUUUUUAAAAAAAAAAGGGUGGGUGGGGGGUGGGAAGCUCUCUUAGAUGACUGAUGCAACUGUAGCUGUCUAAUUAUCAGGUGGUGGUGCUGUGCAGAGGUCAGUGCUUUCACAAGAAAGUUAGAAUCCUGAAUAGUUUCAGAUUAUAGGAUGAUUUUAAAAUCAAAGGGAGCAUUUGGUUGCAAGUGAAUCGAUGUGCCGUUAAUAUAAU